AUGGUUCUGUUGGUGAUCGGGCAAUUGAUGACUCUGGGCGGCGGGGGUCUGGGUGGCGGGGUCCUCCGGCUGGGCGACCUGCUCCUGGCGCGGCUCUGGGGCGAGGGCGACCUCGGGGAAACCUCUGGACUUGACACCGGAGUGUACUCUAGCAUAGGUGGUGGUGAUGGUGGCGAUAGCUGUAGUGGUGGGGGUGGCGCUAGCGGUAGUGGUGGGGGUGGCAGGAAGGCCGACACUGUCCUGGACAACCUAGGGCUAGGCGGCGUCGCUGGUCUGGGUGGCGGCACGGUGUGGGAUGCUGAGGACGGAGGCGGUGGCGGUGGCGCUGUCGCAGCUACUGUGGCCAAGUCCCGCAUCCUAGUAAAGGUGCUACGGAAUGGUCCUCCUCCCUCGGCGCCAUACCUCUUUCGAGCUCGAUCGACCGCCCGGUUAACUAUGACUUGGGUCAAAUCUGGGGGUGUAAACACCCCCAGUUCUGUAAUACUAGACUGCACCCAGGUAUCCCCUUCUUUCUUCUCGCCAAUGACUACAAGUCGGAAACGUGAGUCAAACCCUCCUUGA